AUGGACUACAGUGAGAGAUCAAUGGAUCUCUACAUUUGGUGCCUGAGCAGGAUACCCGGUAUAAGGCAUCGGAAACCCUUGAGCCAUUGUCAGGAGGCGCAGUCUGCAGAGGCGCACCUGAGAUGGCCUACCAGAUCAUCAACCAAACCUGCUCCACCGAAAUCUGAAUCUAAACCGAGAAAAACAUCUACCAAGAAAGAACCUGGACCAAGGAAUAACGCAGGAGCUAAAGGCAGGAAGGAAGAGAAGCAGGAGCCUGGUGUGGAAGGUGCUACACUGUUUGAAAAUGGUGACACUGAAGCCCAAAAGGCACAG